GGUCCUGAAGGGUUGCAUCAGGGUAGACAGGGGCCAGAUCCCCCCCCACCCCGCAGCAGUUUUGGAGAUGGUUUUCUACCCUCAUGAGCCCCGUCGCGAGCCCCUCUGAGCGCAGGAGUACCGGGGACGCCCCUAGGGUGCAGCGUCUGUGGCCCCGGGCUCGCGGUGUCUCGGGGACCCUGGGUUGGAAGUGGUUUCAGGCCAGAUAGGUUGUUGGGUUUUGCGUGUUUGGAGAGCGCAUCGCUAGGCAGCCCCAGGCUCCCCAGGUUGAAUGCCAGCGUGCCGCUUUGUUGAGAGGUGUGUCCACUCCCAGAGCCCAAGAAGGGCGCACUUUGACCUUUCUAAAGAGCCAUCCUGGGUUAGGGUCCGAACCAGGGGGAAGGGGCACAGGUACCCGGGGGCUCACUUCAAAACCAGUCUCCUUCCUCUGCCUGCUACUCCCCAACUGCUCAAGGAAAAGCUGCAUAGAAAAUCUAAUGGAUGAAGAUGAGAAAGAUAGAGCCAAGAGAGCUUCGAGAAACAAGUCUGAGAAGAAGCGACGGGACCAGUUCAAUGUGCUCAUCAAAGAACUCAGCUCCAUGCUGCCCGGGAACACACGCAAGAUGGACAAGACCACCGUGCUGGAGAAGGUCAUCGGCUUCCUACAGAAACACAACGAAGUCUCGGCACAAACGGAAAUCUGUGACAUUCAGCAAGACUGGAAGCCUUCGUUCCUUAGCAAUGAAGAAUUCACUCAGCUGAUGUUGGAGGCUUUGGACGGCUUCAUCAUCGCAGUGACGACAGAUGGCAGCAUCCUGUACGUCUCCGACAGCAUCACGCCGCUCCUCGGGCACCUGCCGUCGGACGUCAUGGACCAGAAUUUGUUGAAUUUCCUCCCGGAACAGGAGCAUUCUGAAGUUUAUAAAAUGCUCUCCUCUCCUAUGCUUCUGAACGAGGCCCCCUCCCCGGAGUUCCUAAAAUCUGACAACGAUUUAGAGUUUUAUUGCCACCUUCUCAGAGGCAGCUUGAACCCAAAGGAAUUUCCAACUUAUGAAUACAUAAAAUUUGUAGGAAAUUUUCGCUCUUACAACAAUGUGCCUAGCCCCUCUUGUAACGGCUUUGACAACACCCUGUCCAGACCCUGCCGGCUGCCACUGGGAGAGGAGGUCUGCUUCAUCGCCACCGUCCGGCUGGCAACGCCGCAGUUCUUAAAGGAAAUGUGCAUCAUCGAUGAACCUUUAGAGGAAUUCACUUCAAGGCAUAGCUUGGAAUGGAAAUUUUUAUUUCUGGAUCACAGAGCCCCUCCGAUCAUAGGAUACCUGCCCUUUGAAGUGCUCGGCACCUCGGGCUAUGACUACUACCACAUCGACGACCUGGAGCUCCUGGCCAAGUGCCACCAGCACUUGAUGCAGUUCGGCAAAGGAAAGUCGUGUUGCUACCGGUUCCUGACCAAAGGGCAGCAGUGGAUCUGGCUGCAGACCCACUACUACAUCACCUACCACCAGUGGAACUCCAAGCCCGAGUUCAUCGUGUGCACGCACUCGGUGGUCAGCAGUUACGCCGAUGUCCUCCUGGAAAGGAGACAGGACCUGGCCCUGGAAGACCCGCCGCCGCCGCCACCACCGCCGCCGCCAGAGGCCCUGCACCCCUCUGUGCUGAAGGACAAGGACUCCAGCCUGGACCCCCAGCCGCACUUUAACACGCUGGACACCAGCACCCCAGGCCUCAAUGCCAGCCCCUCACCAUCUGUGUCCUCCAGGAGCUCCCACAAGUCCACGAACAGGGCCGUGUCGGAACCUGCCUCCACUCCGACCAAGCUGAUGGCCGAGGCUAGCACCAAAGCUAUGCCCAGCUCGACCACCCUCCCCCAAGAAGCACCAGUGCCCGGGCUCAGCCAGGCAGCCACGAUGCCAGCACCUCUGUCUUCCCCCUCAUCCUGUGACCUCGGGCAGCAGCUCCUGCCUCAGACCAUCUUGCAGAGUCCACCUGCCCCCAUGGCACAGUUCUCUGCACAGCUCAGCAUGUUUCAGACCAUCAAGGACCAGCUGGAGCAGCGGACUCGGGUGCUGCAGGCCAACAUCCGGUGGCAGCAGGAAGAGCUCCACAAGAUCCAGGAGCAGCUGUGCCUGGUGCAGGACUCCAGCGUGCAGAUGUUCCUGCAGCAGCCAGCCAUCUCCCUGAGCUUCAGCAGUGCCCAGCGGCCCGAGGUGCAGCAGCAGCAGCAGCAGCAGCUGCCACAGCAGGUGGCUGCCGUGUCGCAGCCCCAGCUCGUGACCAGCCCACAGCUUCCAGGGCAGAUGGCCGCUGCCCAGGUCACCAGCCAGCACCUGCUCCGAGAGUCCAUCGUGAUUUCCAGCCAGGGUCCGAAGCCCAUGCGAAGCCCCCAGGUGGUGCAGGGGAGCAGCCGCCUGGCCGCCAGCCUGCCGCCCCCCUUCGGUAGCACCGCAGCACUGCUGCCCCCAGCUCUGAGUCUGGCUGCCCCCGUGCCCACCUCCCAGGAUGCCAGCCAGCCGGGCCCCGACUUCAGCCACGACCGGCAGCUCAGGCUGCUCCUGAGCCAGCCAAUCCAGCCCAUGAUGCCUGGGUCCUGUGACGCAAGGCCACCCGCAGAGGCCAGCAGGACGGGACAGCAUGUCAAGUUUGCACCGAGCCAGUCCGUGUUCCCAAGUCUGGACUCGCACCCGACCAGCAGCAGCACCACAACACCUGUCCUGCUGAUGGGGCAGGCAGUGCUACACCCCAGCUUCCCCGCCUCCCAGCCAGGCCCGCAGCAACAGCAGCCACCACCUCGCUACCUGCAGGCGCCGACCUCUUUGCACAGUGAGCAGCCAGACUCGCUGCUCCUCUCCACCUACGCCCAGCAGCCCGGGACCUUGAGCUAUGCCCCGCCGCCCGCCGUGCAGUCCCAGCCCACACGCCCACCCCGCAGGGUCAGCCGCGUGUCAGAGGCCUCGGGCCUGCAGCAGCCGCCUCGAUAGUGCCUGGUACUGGAGUCGGACAUGCUCAGCUUUAACCGAUGGACGCUGGGCGGCGACCAGAGCCAGGCAGAGCUGUGCGAGCCAAAGCCCUGCUUCCGGACACCGCGAGCGCCGCGAGGUUCUCGGGCGCCCUCUACAGCCAUACCGGAUGGAACCGUGUGCCCAAAUAGCGACAUGACUCAGUUUACCUGCGGAGAUAGCAGCCUGGUCAUCUCCUUGGAGAGUGCACUGGUUACUCCACAGAGUGGCCCUGUCCCCACGCCCCAGCUGGCCUUCAGUCUCAGUGGUCUUUCCUUUGCAUUGGAGAAGGACUGGGUCCAUGAUCUGUUGCAGAGAGAGAAUAAAAAGAUUAUUUUUCAUUAUUUUUAAAUGGUUGUUUUUGUUUUGCUUUAAUUUGCACAGCUGCACCGAGGAAGUAACUUAGGCACUUUCUGUUCUUAAAAAUAAUAAGGUCUCAUGCCUUUAUUGGGAGCCCACAGUGAUAAAAAUGGCCUGCCAAUCAGACAGCAAGGUUGCUUGUUCCUAACGGAGCCUUAGACCAUUCCCUCUGCAGCCCCCACCCCGAGGGACCGCACUCUCCAAAGCCCCGCCCCAGGACCCCUACACAUGACACUGGACAAUUUCCUGUUUACUUUGUUGACUGCAACCACAAAGGUGAACUCCAAGCAAAGCACAGUCUUGCAGCUAAUGCAAAAUUCUGUAGAGAACUCUUAAGAGGGAAGAGGUUUCCCAGGCCAGGCCCUCACCCCAGGGGUGCAGGACCGGAGCCCCCCUUAAGUGAAGAUGCUGCAUCUCUACUUAUUCUUCAUGAUGAUUCCAAGAAUUGGGUUUUUCCUUUUCAAAUGCACUUUGCUUUUUUUGUAUGUUUUGUUACGUUGGGAUGUUUCUAAAGGAAAGAUUUUUAUGUAAUUAUAAGAAGAAGUGAGCGAAUUGUACAGCUGUUGUAAUAAUGACCUAUUUCUAUAUAAAAUAAAAUUGUAUGGAUUAUGUGUAAAUUA